GUUAGGCGUCCUCAGCCAGCGUUUGUGUGCUGGGAACAGAGAAGCCGCUGGGACAGGAGUUUCUCUCCUCUCCAAGCUGCUUCCCUGGGCCUUGGCUGUGCCCAGCAAGGAGCCUUUGCAGGAGCCCGUGGCCUUUGCAGAGGUGGCCGUGUACUUCAGCAGCGAGGAGUGGGUGCUGCUGGACCCUGCGCAGCGAGCGCUGCACCGGGAUGUGAUGCUGGGGACGUAGCAGUGCGUGGCCUCGCUGGGUGAGGGCUUUGCUGCUGCUCCUUCUUGUUAGGGCAGCUCUGGCCGUGCAGAAUGAGCCUCUGCAAGCAGGGCGUAGAAUAAAUGCAGUGCAGUUACUUAUUGACCAAGGCAACAGCAACGGAAGAAGCACAGAGAAGCGUGAGUUGCAGAAUUGGUGUGCUCAGUCCCUUGAGAAAAGCCCCAGAGUCACUGCUGACACACAGGCGCCAGCCUGGAGGGGUUGGAUCAGCUCCCUGCAAACAGCCCUUGUGCUGCUGUUCUGCAUGGUGCCACCAGCUCCAGCACCCAGACGUCACCCAGAUCACUCCCUUGGAAUUCUACACUUUUUCUGUUUGUUUCCCAUAAACCUUGUUGAGGCCUUGGUAAACAAAGCAUCCUAAAGGGAGCAAAGAAAAUGUCCCUGCAUCAUCUUCAGAGAUGUAAAAGGGCUCCAAAGGAAGUCGGUAUGUGUUGGGCCAGUGUCAUUCAGAAUUGAAACAGGGACACGCUGGCAUGCGCCAGAAUGGGCUCGUGCUUAACAUCUCGUAGACAGGGUUGAAAAGAAACCUGAAACACACGCAGCCUCUGUAGACCCACCCCUCCAAAAUCAGCACAUUUUGCACAGCCAGAGGUGCCUCCCCAGUCUUCCGUCUGUUGGCAGUUUUACUUCAUCUGUUUUUUCUUCAGAUCACAGCAGAGUGAGUGUGCCUGCAUCAGCGGAAGAGCUGCCUUCGUGGAGGUGCAGAUGCAGCCGGCCGCUGUGGAAUUUAUCUUGACCACUCAGAUGUCCUCUUCCGCUCCAAAUCCAGCCCAGUCAUUGGAGAUGGAGCAGGUGAUGCCCUUGGUGCUCCCUUUGCAAAUGAUCGUUUGGGUUCGGAUUUUGUGCCUGUGCCUGUGGAACAACCCAGAGGCCCUGCUGGUGAAUCCACAGGAGAGUAUCCUGUCUACGAGCCUGAAGGGGAUGCUGGAGGUAAGUCAGCAGGCUUCAUUUCCUCGGUAUUGGAUCAUAUUUGGCUGGGAUAGUUCAGCAAGGGUUCCGCUUUUCAGCGGCCAGCGGGUUCUUCUCCCCGAGAAGCGUGGAUGGCCGUUGUUUCUUGGGUGCUCCGUGCUGUCAGCGUGGUGUUGCCUUCGUCCCUGUAUCUCCGAGGUCUCUCAGCAAGAAAAUUUCAAGGGGCUGAGUGUUCUUCCAUGAGGUCCCUGAGCAUUGUUUCCCGUGGCCUGGAGAAAGUAUUUGGAAAGCUGUGGAAUACCAGCCAGCAGGUCACCUGGCUGCUCUGCAGCUUUGGAACUUUCCCCCCGUGCCAUUAGCUGAGCCCCUUCCUUCACCGCAGCUCGCUAAGGAAGAGAGAGAUGGGCACUUGCAAUGGCAACGUUUCUCCUCUGUCCUUGCUUACAGCUGUGUCUCCAGGCAGUGGCUUACCAAAGCCUAGGUUUAGUCCAGUUCAUGCAGUUGAGUUAAGAGGUGGGCUGAGCUCCAGGAGGGUGUUCCUCUGGGCGGUUGCACACGGGGUUAGUUAUGAAUGGCGGCGGUGCCCCUGCAAGGCACCCAGGACCUGUUUCCGAGGUGCUCCUGUGUGGAAGGGAGAGAACAGAGUCGUGAAGGAAUCCCUGGCUUUAAUUGCAUCCUGUGUCAUUCUGCCUGGAAGGAUGUUUAAUGGGAGUUGCUGUGUCGUGCGUUUGUUUGCAGAUGGGACUGGAGCAGGUGAUCCAGGAUCCGCUCUGAGCUCUGGGACCGAAACUCUGGCGGAUGGCAUGGGUCCGGAAAGAGCAGAGGAUGAACCCGAAAGAGGAAGAAAGUCCCAGGGCUUACCCCGUCUCCUAAAGGAACUGCUGAAGGAAAUAGAGAAGGCACCGCGUGGAAUUGACCAAGAAACUGAGCAGGAUGCACUGCAGGAAGGCAGCCAUCCCACCCUGCCGGUCUCGGACAGUGGAACGCAGGCAGCGCCAACAGCUGGCACGCCAGGGAUGAAUGCCGGGAAAAGCACAGAGGCUGCUGUUCACCAAUCUGCGCGGAAGCGCUACAUCGCAGCCGUGGUAAUGUUCCCUGCUGCGGUGCUGGCCUGUGGUGCUGUGAUAUGGAUGUGCAAAAAAUACUUAGUGCGCAAGAGAGAAGAGAGAGCAGCAGAACCGGCUCAUGCUGAUACCAACUAGGAGAGAGUUCCAACUGGAGACGAGGGCAGAAUGGAGCUGGGAGAGGCAACAGAAGAGACUCUUGCCCCAUCAAACAGGAAUCUCAGCAAUAGUUCCGGUCCAUUCCGUUCUGCCAUCCAAGAGGCCAAAGGUCUUCAAAGUCACCUGGAAGGCCUGGAGCGUGAACUGAGAGCCGUGAAAGAGGUCCACGGGAACAGUCCUGAGUGCUGCUUUCUGUCAGCGGACGGCCCUGAACGUGAGAGCGGGGAAUCAGCAGCAGAGCUUUUGUCCUUCAUCCCGCACUCUCCAGGACAAGUAUCACCAAUAAUUUGAAGAUUCUUAGCUCGCCAUAGCUACCAUCCUUCUGAGGGUCCUGAUGAGGACCCAGAAAGCGAGCUUCCUCCGUCUCAGAUGAUGAACUGGAUGCACCUCAAGAUCUUGUCAGACUUCCUGCACUGCUCCAUCUGCAAGACUACCCCCUGCUCCACUUGAGGUUCAAGUGGAGGUGUGCAGGACGUGGGUGAGCUCCUACAAAAGCAAAACCAAAACCAAAAACAACCAACUAAACACCCACAAUAAAACAAACAAACAAACAAACAAACAAACAAAAAAUCCUAUGCUGCUCUUCCUGUUGGAUAAACUGAGGUGAUGCUUUUUCUAGCUGAGACAUUGCAUUGUGUCUUGAAGUAGAUUUGAACUGGUAGAAGUGGGCAUUGCCUGCAUUCCAUUCUCCGGAUUUUCUUGCUGUUCAGAGUUAAGGUGCCAUGCAUCCACUCCCCUGCUCUAUCUGUCUCCUGAAUCAUGAGAACAGCCUUUCCAUAUGGUGAGAACAUCCUUUUCACAGAACUGGAGUGGAUUCAUGCCCAUAGAGACCUAAUGAGGUUCAAGAAGGCCAAGUGCAGGGUGCUGCACUUGGGUCCGGGGCCAUCCGGGGUAUUUAUAGAAAAUGGGGGAAGAUCUCUUUGAGAGCAGCCCUGAGGAGAAGGACUUGGGGGUCACUGCUCCUUAAGAGAUUGGAAGUACACAGUGAGGUAGACUACUGGCUCUCAUUCGGUGACCGCCGGGGCCCCCACCACAUUUUUAGGAUGCAUGCUCAAGAACGUGGGACAAUAUGUUAAUAAUUUCUUAGAAUUCCAGCCCAUUUUUGUGGGACGUAGUGUGGGGUGCUGGGUGCUUUGUGCAGGCGGGGUGUGCUGUAACCCCUCCGCUUUGCAGUUGCUGAGGUUCCGAGGAUGCCCCAAACAUCAUCUACUGGAGGUCCAACGGCUGCCGAUGGAUCUAGAGGGGGCUGCCAAAGCCCAUCUUGAGGGCAUUUGGGGUGAAGUCGCUCCCCAUCCAGCAGCCUUUGGAAGAACAGGCUGGACCAGUUUGUCCUCAUCCCAGAAAAAAACAGUGUAGCCCUCGGCCUGACGCAACCGGAGUGGCCGCCUUUGCGAAAAAGGGAAAAACUCUUUGGAACUGAGGAUUCCUCGAUUCAGUCCUAUUGCAGGGAUCUGGCCAAGGUAGGGGCAAAAAGCCCUAAAAACAUGGGAUUCGCCUUGUGCCUUGAAAUCUCCCCCUCCACCCAACCCCUUUAUAACUCCAUUAGCACAGCGGGGAAAAAAACACAAUUUUAGAGUCGAGGAGCCAGCAUUCUUUUAAUCACACCUUUAAGAUUGCGUCCUGGAACCCCCAGAUGAACAGGGUCCCUGCAUUCCUGCAAACAAAUCUUUCCAUUUCCAGUGCUGACUCCUAUCAGAGUUAGGACAAAGUGCCUCAAAAUGCAGCCUGACAUCGCCAGCGUGGGAUAUCAUGGGGAAAUAGCUGUUGUGGGCUGUGAAGGUAAAUGGCAGGAACUCGGCCUCAGUGCAAGUUCCUCAGUUCAGCUCAGUUGCAAGCUGAAACCCAACCCAGCAGCAGCAGCAGCAAGGAGAUAUUGCUGCUCUGCAAACGCCUUUUGCAAAGCCCCACAUUGCGCUGGCAUCUCGGUGCCAAUCUGAAAGCAUUUUCCUGCUCCUGUUUUGCUUUUGGUCUCCAAAUCGUGCUGCAAGAUGCGGCACGGAUGAUUCAGUAAGCAACUUCAUUUUUCCUUUCUGCGCCAUUGAAGAGUUAAUCCUCUUGAAAAUGCAGUUUUGCAUGGGUUUGCAUGCAUCUGCAGCAUUCUGCAGCCAUUGCAGGUGGCGGUGCACGAGGCAUCGCCCACCAGCAGCCCCAGGGAGCAGGUCCCAGAACUGGCCAUACAUUGCUGCUAUGUGAAAAUGCAGCUGCUGGGGAGGGUUGGGGAGCAUGCAUGCACCCACUCCCUGCAAAAUCUUUGCAAGGGGAAUCUUCUGUUGGCAAAAUCUCAGUAAUAACGAGGAGGGGUGUAUCUUCCUUCCUGUACAUCUAGUAAGAUGAAAGUAGAUGCAAAUUGGAAGCAGAAGCCAGCUUGCUCUUCUUCCAUCCACCUCCCUAGCUCUUUAAUUCCCCAUGCUUUACAUGAUGUUAUGAUGUGGAAUACUGAUAACAAAAAUCUUAAAACCAUGACAGCUGCUCACCUUCAGAAGGCAUCAGGUAGGCAGGGAUCUCCAGCAAGGGAUGCCCUCAUUUCCGCCACCAACCCUUAGCUGAAGUCUGGGAAGGGAUGGACCCUGGCUCUUCCCCCUUCUGUCACUCAGGUGCACUGCAAGAAGCUGAGCUCCCCUGGGUUGGCCCUGCCUUCCACCAGGUGCUCCAUCACUGGUUCAGGCUGCGACUUAGCACUUCUGCUACACCAUGCUAUUAGUGUGUGUGGCACAUUUCUAAAACCCUUUCCAUCUCCAGCAUUGGACCAACCUCCGUCUCCGGCUAGCAGCAACCUCAAAGUUUCUACAGCAAAACCUGGUCGUAGACAAAACCGUCUUGAAACGGGGUCACAAAUCUAGCAGCAAAAUGCAUCCUUUUACCAGUUCUGCCACUAAAUCGCUUCAUAAACAAGCUAUUAUCCAUCUUCUGCCUCCUUCUCCGCACUUGAUGAGAUUGAUAUUACUUACCCUACCUUGUCACUAUUGCAGUGCAGUAUUGUUUUCCCUGAGAGAAGCCUUCCUUAGCUCUGUCUUUGAUGCCACUGAAGAUGACUUAACCUGUACUGCAGUCAUAGCAAAUCUUCUCCAUCCGGAGGAGGCAUUGAGGAAGAGUAAGACAAGUGAUGCACAGAGUAUGUGAGAUGUGUGAUCAAGUGCCUUGCAGCAAUCUGCCUCCCUGGAUCCCUCCAAACCUGCUCUCCUUACUCUGGAUUUAUUUACAUGGGCAUCUCUGGGGUGGAAGCACUCUGGACAUGCCUUUUUUGAGCAUGGAAGGGUGCAGCUCUUCCCACUAAAGCACCAGCAAGCAGUAAUGUUUCGAAAUCCUGCACUCAAGUGGGGCCUUAAAGAUGCCAGCUGGGCCAUCCCCAUCAGUAAGCAAGAUAGAACCAGCAUGUUGUGCCUUCAUAAGGCACUCCAACCUCAUGACCAUGAGUCCUGCUCUGUGUCCUCCCAACCCUUUCUCCCCAUGCCAGCUUGAUAGCUGGAUACAGAUACCCACCUCCUUUUGCAGCAGCCUUAAGGGGUUGAGGAAUCAGCCCCACUGCUGGAAGCAUGGUCAAGACUUUGUUCUCCCACUUGACGGUCAGGGUGAGGAGCUUCACUUGCCUGGGGAUUCAUCGAGCAAAGCUGCUGAAUACUUUGCUGGGCACCACAGCGGGCCAGCGCCCCACCAGGACUGAGACUUGCUGCCCAUCCCUGAGGAUCACAAACAACUCAGAACUUCUCCAUGGGCACUGACGAGCAGUGCAGAGAGCAAGGAAGCCAAGGCAGCGUUGCAGUCAUCCACCAAAAGUCAGGUCCUGCCAAUCACAGAACAUAUGUUUGAAUGCUGGUCCAACUAUUUGGAAGAGAGAUGAACGAGAUGGGAAGAAGCAGAUUUCUUUGCAGGUGUCAUUGCUGGAGCUCUGCGCUCUCCAGCUGCCUGUACUGGUGGGAAAGGGGUAUGUGAGGCUGCGGCGAAAUCUCUUUACUUGUUUCUUUGUUUUCGUAAUGAUAAAAGGAGGGAAAACAAAUGGAAUCAAGCAAAUAUUUCUGCAAGGUUGGAUCAAACGCAUCUUGAACGUCACCGGGAGGAAAAGGGGAUUCAAGAAGAAGACGGAAUGGUAAUGGGGUUAUUUGAAGUAAACUAACGGAGAAGUGAAGAUGACUCCUGUGCAGCCAAAUAAAAACCAGUAAAGACCAGUAUGGCCUCAUCGUGGUCAACGGAGUCCCAGGAACUACUAAGAGCCAGUAGGAAUGCACAGUAGGAAUGUAUGCCCCAGGGCCGGUGCCGGCCUCAUGGGCUGGGGCUGGGGCUUUGGGCCGUGGGCCGCGCCGACCUCACUGUCUGGGGCUUCAGCCCCAGGGCUGGUGUCCGCCUCUGGGCUCGGGCUGUGGCGUGAAGUCCCUGGACUGGUCCCAGCCUCUCGGGCUGUGUCUCUGGUCCCCAGGGCUGGUGCCAGCCUCGUGGGCUUGGGCUUUUGGCCCCGCGGUCGUUCUUGGCCUCUUUCUGUGGCUGUGGCUUUAGUCCCUAGGGCUAGUACCAGCCUGUCUGGCUGUGGCUGUGGCUUUAAGCCCCAUGGCUGGUGUCAGCAUCCCUGGCUGUGGCUUAAGGCCCUGGGGUCGGUGCUAGCCUCUCAGGCUUUGGCUUUAGGCCCCAUGGCCCGUGCCAGCCUGCCUGGCGGUGGAGGUAGCUUUAAGCCCCAGGGCUGGUGCUGGCUUCCUGUGCUAUGGCUGUGGCUUUAGGCUCUGGAG